AUGGCAAAGGACCAAGACUAUGAGGCAGCCGUCGAGAAGGGCACUAAGCUGUUGCAAAUGUUGACCAAGAAGACCAAAACGUCCAUUGAAAGCGCAUUCAAGCACACGAAAGAACUAGCCCAGCAUGGCUAUUACCUGGAGACCAACCAGACUAGCUUCGAAAUCGAAUGUACCGCCAGAGCGCUCCGCGACCUGAACGUCAACCACAAGAUGAUAUAUGAUGGAGGAGAGAACACAAUACGUGGAUACUUCUCUCAAGUCAGCAACCCGAGCGCUGGCGUUCUCAUUGCGGAUACCAAUCUCUCACCUUCCCAUGCAGCAGCUUUUGACGAUGCUGGAGACAAAGGAUAUAUUGAUUUACCAUUACUGCGCCACUGGUCAGACGUAGCUUUCCUGCAAUAUCUCUCCUCUUUUCACUCUCCACUUGUCCAGCCCAUAUCGCUUAACUAUAUCUUCCGCAUUCAGAUUCAGAACUCCGAGACCCUCUUAGUGCUCAAUAAGAUUAUCAAGAUGCAUGGUCGUAGCAUGUACGAACUUUGGCCCGGUAUUACAUUCGAUAUACAAAGUGAAGAGGGAAAGGCUAUCCUUGGAACUCCACAUGGGAGUGGCGUUGCAUGGAUGCUCAUCCAACACAGCAAAGCAUUGAGAGAGAGAACAAUUUAAAAGGUAACGAUCUUCUAUGCUCCAAAAAAGGAUGAUUUGUUUAGGUGGCCAAGCUUGCUAUUUUGGAUUGUGUAGAGUUGGAGUCAGGCGAGGAUAGUGCGCCUUCAAUCCCCUUCUACUGAGCUGCCUAAAUUGGAGUUUAGAUGGUGCGGUACUGUGCUUUUAUUAUUUUCACUUGACGGCUAGUUUCGGGUGUCAAAAUACAGGAGAUAUACACUAAAUUCGUGAACUGAUGGUUCAAUUGACAUCUCGAAGUCGCCGGGAAUGACGACGGGAGCGCGAAUGAGCCGGGUGCUGGUCUGAAUAAUCGCAGGUUCGCCUGCAGUAUGCUGGGUUUCGUAGCUAUGACAGUUUCAACACAAUGGAUCGUGAAUCGAGAGUAUCUCAACGUUUCUCGGGUGGUUGCCGAUGUUG